AGAAUGCACAAAAUUUGUUUACUCGAAAGCGGUCGUGACCUGUUAAACCUUAACAUAUGCGGUAAAAGCAGCCAGCAACGCAUCGCUCAUGGACAGAUAGCCGAGGUGUUUCAAUUUCCUUGGAUGACAUUGCUCGGAGAUAUAGAAGGAAAGUUCCAUUGUGGAGGUAGCCUGAUAGCAGAGAGUUUUGUCCUUACAGCGGCCCACUGCAGCCGAUUUACAGAAUUUGUGCGUGUUGGAGAAACGGACCUAUCCAAAGAGAUAGAUUGCAAUAACGCUGAGGGUGAGGAAGACUGUGCUGAUCCGUAUCAGGAUAUCCAAGUGGCUAAGUUCAUCAAGCAUGAACUCUACAGCCCCAGUGGAAAAAUAAAUGACAUUGCUUUGGUCAAGCUCGCCAGACCAGCACAGUUUAAUGACAAUGUGCGGCCUAUUUGCCUUCCAUUACCGGAGAUUUUGCCAAAGACAUUACCUAAAAAAAUGAUAGUAUCCGGUUGGGGCUUCACCGAACACGGGAACGGAAGAUCCAAAGAAUUGCGUUAUGCCAACGUACCAAUUGUUGAGCCAAAUCAAUGCAGACGAUCUCUUACACAUCUGACUGAUGCCGCCACGGUGCAUGAAAGCCAAGUUUGCGCCGGAGGUGGUAGCGAUGAUGCGGACAACUGCAAAGGGGAUUCCGGUGGGCCCCUGCAGUAUUUCGGAAGGCAAUCGAUCAUUAUUCACGGAAUUGUUGCAUGGGGACAGCAAUCAUGUGGUGAGCUAAGAACACCCGGUGUGUAUACCAAAGUUUCUCACUAUCUAGAUUGGAUAAUUGAUAAAUUGAAAUAAAGUACCAUUUUU